UUAAUUCAUCCCGAUAAGCGUCAAUGGGCGUUGUCUAUUAAAAUUUGGCAUUAAAGUUUUUUAUUUAUCAUUAAGUCAAAAUGUGGCCAGGCUACGUGUUUUUAAUAUUUAUGUUUAUCUGUAUUUGUAUCAAUGGAUUGAAAGUGAAUAAUACGAUGACAUGGUGCACCGUUUCUGAUGGCGAACAAAAUAAAUGUGAAGCUUUCUCAAAUGCAGUUGCUCGUGAUAUUACUUUCUUUGGAAGUACCUAUCUUAUAUUGAAGUGCAAACAAGCAUUUAAUAAGGAAGAAUGUAUGUCAAUGUUGGAUCAAGAAAAAGCUGAAAUGACAACAUUAGAUGCAGGAGAAGUAUUUUUAGCAGGGCGUUAUCAUAGUUUGGUUCCCAUUAUGCAAGAAAUAUAUGAAAGUGGUGUUAAUUAUCAAUAUACUGUGGCUGUUAUUAAGAAAGGGUCUUUACCAGAUGUAGAAACGUUAGAAAAUCUUAGGGGAAAAAGAGCAUGCUUUGCAAGCGUUGGUACACUUGCCAGUUGGAUUAUUCCUAUUCUUACGUUAAUGAAGCAAGGUGGGAUGGAAAUCAUUGAUUGUAAUAAUCAUGUAAAAUCUGCAAUUAAAUAUUUUGGACCAAGUUGUGCGGUAAACUCAUUGAUAGAUAAAUAUAAUCCUUUAGGCGAUAACUCGGACCAGUUAUGCAAACUUUGUAUUGGAAAACCACCAACUGAUAAAUGCACAAAUGCAGAUCCUUACGCGGGAUAUGAAGGCGCUUUUCGUUGCUUAGUAAAUGCUGGAGAGAUUGCAUUUUUAGUUCAUACAACUGUACAAGAAAUGACAUCAUCUACAUUUGAAUUCAAUAAUAUUACGAAAGAUCAAUUUGAAUUAUUAUGCAAGGAUGGGACUCGAAAAUCAAUAAACGAAUACAAGACUUGUAAUUGGGGUACUGUUCCUUCUCGUGCGGUGGUAACAUCUUCUGUAACGAAAAGCGAAAUUCGUAGAUUAUAUCAAAAAUUUCUCGAAAAAGCAGUUAAAAUAUUAAACAAAAACAAAAGGAAUGAUCCAACCGAUAUUUAUAAUAAUCGUUUUGACAAUCGACAAGGUGAUUUUGAAAAUAGAUUAGGAUACGAAGAUAGAUAUAGAGAAAAUGAUUUUGGAUAUGAUAAUCGAAAUGAGUACAAUACAGACAACCUUAAUGACUACAAUAGAAGUUACGAUGACAACUACGCAAACUCGAAUACUUGGAAUAGGGAACACAAUAACACGAAUAAUAAUUAUCCAAUCAACGAUUAUUCUGAAACGACAAAUAUUCAACCGAUCGAGACAUUUGAUUUAUUUGAAUCGGCUCCAAAAUAUGGCAUUCAUCAUAAUUUAAUAUUUUCGGAUUCAGCUAAAGAUUUUGUACCACUUUCUGAAAAAGAUCAAACGUAUACAGGAUAUUUAGGUAGAUCAUUAGAUUCUAUUUUAGGAGUACGUCAAUGUCCUGUCAAUAGGAUGACAUUGUGCGUUACAUCCGAUCCCGAAAUGGAGAAGUGUAUAAAGAUGAAGAUUGCUUUGAAAGCACAACUCCUGAAACCAGAAUUAUUGUGCCACAAGGCAUAUAGUCAAAUAAAUUGUAUGCAAGCAAUACAAAAUGGAAUCGCAGAUGUAACAGUUUUAGAUGCCAGCGAUGUAUAUACCGCUGGUUUGCGUUUUGAAUUAAUUCCUUUCAUAUCCGAAGUAUAUAAUCUUGGUACACCGGAUUAUUACGUAGUUGCUGUUGCGAAGGAAGAGGAUGAUAAUACAGACUUAACAUAUCUCAAAAACAAAUAUACCUGCCAUACUGGAAUUAAUACUGCAGCAGGAUGGGUUUAUCCAUUGGCGUAUCUUCUCUCAAAUCAAUGGAUUAGAGGCUACGGUUGCAAUUCCGUACGCGCAGCCGCUGAAUAUUUCACUAAAUCAUGUGUUCCAGGUGCGCUAAGUCCUGAGUACAAUACAGGUGUUCCAUAUGAUAAUAUGUGUGACUUGUGUCAUGGAACAAGUAACAAAUAUUGUCGAAGAGAUGCUUCGGAAGAUUACUAUGGGUAUACUGGUGCCUUUAGAUGUUUGGUUGAAGGAGGUGGUGAUGUAGCAUUCGUCAAACAUACAACGGUUGCUGAAAACACUGAUGGUAAAAGAAGAGAAUUUUGGGCACGUAAUACAUUUACGAAAGAUUUUGAAUUACUUUGUCCUGAUGGUACUCGUCGACCAACUACAGAAUAUGAACAUUGUAAUUUAGGAAAAGUAGCAGCUAAUGCUAUAGUCACACGUGGGGGUUAUUACGGUUACAAUGAGACGCAAAUCAAUGCUUAUAUAAAUCUUUUUAUUUAUGCACAGCAAUUGUAUGGUAGAAAGGAUCCAGAUGAGUUUAGUUUCAGUAUGUUCUACAGCAUUCCUCCGUAUAGUGAUCUUAUUUUCCAGGAUGCAACUCAACAAUUAGUUAUUAUUCCACCCGAAAAAAGACAAUUUAGCGCAUAUCUUGGACGAGAUUUUAUGAGAGCUAGAAGAAUCGUAGAUUGUAAUGCUGGAGCAGCUUCUUUAGGACAUUCCAUAAUCGCUACGUUAUUAAUGCUUAUCUUAACUUGCUGGAUAAGAGAUUUAAAUACUUAAUUUUUAUACGCGAUCGUGAAUUAAUUGAAUCUCGUAUCUUCCAAAAGUAUAUUCAAAUAUUACGUGUUAAUAGAUAAAUCUCUCGUGUUCAUCUAAUAUAGGCGUAAAAAGUACAAUCAACUAUUAGUCAUCGAAUAGGAUGACUAUUUUGUAGAUUUUAAAAGUUUUUAUAUUUUAUAAUUUUUUUUACCGUAGGUAAUAUAUGCCUUAUUACUUUAAGAUAACCGAUAUCGAUUACUAUAUGAUCAAUAUUAAAUCCGUCCAUUUAAAAAAAAUAUAUAUAUGUAUAGAUAUAUAAAUAUAGGUAUUAUAUAUAUAUAUAUAUAUAGUAUACACACAUAUGUAUAUAUAUAUUUUCUAAGAUCACGUGGUUGCGGUAAUCACGACCAUCUUAUGUUAGUACAUAGACAUUUUAUAUAACAUUAUCUAUUAACGUAGAUAGAUAUUAAUUAAUAUUUGAAAUGAAUACAAAAGGAAGAUAAACUUGUUGAUCUUCGAAAGAAACGAAGCCGUCCAUUUUUUAUAUGAAAUGAUUUUUAUUUAUUUUUAGAUAAGUAUAAUAUAUUUUCAUAAUAAUGUCAUUCUUAUAAUGAACAAUAGGUAUUUUAAAAAGAAAAGAUAAAAUAUUUACAACCCUUCGAUUUUAUUGUAUCGAAAUAAAUUAUGAUUACCCUGGCCAGGAAUUAAUUGAUUUUAAAUUAGGCGAUAUUGUUGAGUAAUCGGAAACAGUGACUGUGUUCUUCGUGACCGAAGCAAUUAUCGUCGAGGAUAUUAUUCAAAUUGCGUUUCUCAACGAUAACUGGGCAUCGGCGAAGCUUCGAGAUCGCGGCAGGUAAUAUCCGUUGCCGUCUGUCCAGGAUAUUACUUAAGACUCCUGAUGGUUUCUAACUAUGUCGUGCGAAAAUUCAAAUCGAUUUGUAUUAGUCAGUCAACGUGUGUCCAUUUCAGUUAAUUUAUUAAACUAAUUAUAAUCCUAAUUCCAAUUGGAUUACAAUCUAAAUAAAAGAUCUGCACUUCAAAAAGAAA